CGCAUGCACGAGCGGCAUGACAGUUUUUUGUUUUACGCGCACAACACAUGCGUAAGUUUUAAACGCAUGGCGCUGUCUCUUGGUUACAGGUAGCAUAGAAUCGGAAAGCUCGAUUCAAAGUGAUACAGUUAUGGAGGAAAUUAAUAAUGGAAGUGAUAAAGAAAACGUGAUUGAUAAGCCGAAUGUGGAAGAGGCGGAUACCUUGGAAGAUGAGUUGGAUGAGGAUUGCUUGGCUGCUCUAGGAGCAGACCCUACAGUAGAUUGUACAAAGCAGGUAAAACUGCAUAAUUCCAUUAGUAAAAGAUGGUCUCAUUGGUUUUUCAAAGGGUUAAAGGACGUGGAAAAAGAAAGAUUAAUAGCCAAAUAUCCGGCACCGGGAAACUUACAACCACCCAAGCUAAAUGCAGAAAUUGCUGCAUUUCUAAUGCAAUCUUCGGUUAAACGCGAUUCACAUUUCAUGCAAAGGCAAAAAUUGGCAACGUCUACUUUGGCAAUAUUAGGUGCCAUGUUCAAUAGCGUAAUAGAUGAAAAAGAUGGUGUAGACAAAAUUGAUUUUGUGAAAAAAAUUAAUGAUGCCGCAAAAUUGAUAAAACAGCUAGUCUUCGAUCAGACGGAGGCUAGAAAGGCUUUCAUUUUACCAGGCGUUGAUAGGCAUAAGAAGGCGAUUCUGACUAAUACCCAAACAGAUGAAUAUGUGUUUGGGAGUAAUUUAAAGGAAAGGAUAAAAGAAGCGAAAGCGUUGGAGAAGAUUGGGCAGGAUAUGAAACAGGCUGGACCAUCUAGACCAUUGAGGCCAGUGAAUAAUUUAAACUGGAGCGGCCCACAAACGACGAAGCCGGCGUUUUUGCGAAUGGGUCAAGGAAAUCAUCCGGCAAAUUCAAGGCCACGACUGUUCUUCAAGAACAAGCAAUUUCCUUACAACUCGAGGGUAAAGAAUCAGAAUCGGUACAUACCAAGAGACACAGCAGUGCAGAACCGAAGAGAUCAAGAAGGGAGGAUAUAAAUGUAGAUAUUGCAGGGAGAUUAAAGAAAUUUUAUAAUAAUUGGGAAAAAAUCACCGACGAUAAGGUUGUCUUGGACUGUAUCAAAGGGUACAAAUUGAAAUUUGAGAGAACGGGGAUACAAGUGAAUAAGCCUAAAGUAAGCAUUGAUUCGGGCAGGCUGUCACCCAAGAUAUCAUCACCUGUCUUGAAUAGCAGGAAUAGUAUCAUCAAGGCGUUCGAGAUCAUGAAAGUCCCUCACGCCUCAAUGGAGAUUUUAUUGGCAUCCUUGUCGGCAGCCACAUAUUUAUAACCAUAAAUGUGGUGAAGAUUUAGUAAUAAGACGGUUUUUUAAAGGUAUUGAAAAAAUAGUGCCACCAAGACCAAACUAUAACUUUACCUGGGAUGUAUCCGUUGUUUUAAAUUACUUAAGAACAUUAGAUCCCUUGUCGGGUUUAAGUUUACAAGAUUUAACGUAUAAAACGGUGACUUUAAUAGCCUUAUGUACCGCCCAUAGGGUCCAGACGCUAGCCAGUAUUAAAGUAAGAAAUGUUAGAAAUACGGAAGCAGGAUUAGAAAUAAGAAUACCAGAUGUGAUGAUAACAUCAGGUCGGAAUCGUUGCCAGCCAUUAUUAUAUUUACCAAGAUUCUCUAAUGAUAAAAGACUGUGUGUGGCAUCGGUGAUUGAAUAUUAUAUCUAGAGACGCGGUAGCGUCUCGACGCCAAGUACAUGAAAAAAUAGCCUCCCCAUAUAUGCCUGGCGCUGGCGCUACCGCGUAUCUUUUACUCGAGAAAACGCGAUUCCAACCUAACCCAAAACUUCUGUCAUUAAUAUCUCGUCACGCCUGCUGUAUUUUCUAAAUCUAAAGGCAUUUUUCUAAUGUAAAUCGCAUAUAAGCUUUCUAAUCAAACCAAAAUCAAUAAAAUCGCUCUAUGUACAACUGAGAUAUCGUAAUAUCAUGUCAUGAAUCGGUCAGAAAUUGUAGAUUUUUCUUCUGAUUCUGAUUCUUAUUCUUAUUCUUUUCGUCAACACUUAGCCAAUAGGAGCUAAGGCCAUUCGUCGAUUUGUCGACUCUCGGAAUCAGUCGGGAAGGCUCGUCGGUCGGAAUUCUAAUAUGGCUGUCACUCGUGCCGCUCGUUCAUUUCUAACCUAUAACCAUCAGUUUGGAUUUGUGACAUUUGGUUUCUUGCAACAAGACAUUCUGACAUGCAUUGUGCGUACUUUUGAAAACUUAAAGGACUGAAACUGGAAUUAUAAUACAAUAAAUUGUGCGUUACCAAUAGUAGAUCUCUUUGUACAUU